AUGUCUACCCGGUACCACCAGGCAGCCGCCGAUGGCAACCUGGAGUUGCUGAAAGAAGCCACCCGAAAAGAUCUGAACACCUCCGACGUGGAUGGGAUGACGCCCACCUUGCUGGCCGCUUAUCACGGACACCUGGAAGCGGUGGAAGUCAUUUGCCGAAGAGGAGGUGAUCCAGACAAGUGCGACAUUUGGGGGAACACCCCUCUCCACCAUGCAGCCUCCAACAGCCACAUCCAUUGCAUUUCCUUCUUGAUCAACUUUGGUGCCAAUAUCUUUGCCCUGGAUAACAACAUGCGAUCUCCUCUGGACGCAGCUGCCAGCAGGAACCACUACGAAUGUGUCCGCAUCCUUGACAACGCUGCUAUGGAGAUGAAUAUCAAGAACCCCAAAAGAACCGCCCGCCUGAAGGCCCAAGCCCAGCGUGAUGCAGAGAAGCAGAUCCAAGAAUGUGAACGACGCCAAGAGAGACAUGAGCAUGAAAUGAUCAGGCAUUACAACAGGACGCACGCUGCAGGAGGAACAACCACCCGGAUGCGCGUGUCGAAUUUUUUUACCUCCAGCUCAUUAGGGUCGCUACCCAAACAUUUGAAGGACACCUUCAGGCGAAGGACAAAAAAGGAGGAGGAGGAUCUAGAUAACCAGGGCACGGGGCACAGUAGCCAAGCAAACAACAUUCCAGUAGGCCGAACAACCGUGAUGGCCGUGUUCAGCGAAAACGAGGAAGACGAAUUAGAAAACCAAGGCACAAAUGGUAUUUCUGAAGAGGAAGAAAAGUCCAUUUUUAAUCGCCCCGGUCUUGGUAAUAUUGUUUUUCGAAACCACUUGGCCACAGGCAUAACCGCUGCCCCCGUGUUGCCCGAGAAAGAAGAGGUCAGUUUCCAAAUACCUGACAGACUGUUUCAGUUCAAAAGGGCUGAAGAGGUUGAUGACCCAGAUCUGGGGAACGAUCCCGAGGAACCUUGGAUCGAAGAAGAAAUUGGCUGGGAUGAUGGCAACACGGAGACCACCCCCCUCGAAGUCUUUCUGGCAUCCCUGGACCUGAAUGAAUUCCUUCCUGUCUUGAUAAGAGAAAACAUCGAUUUAGAGACACUCGUGCUGUGUUCCGAUGAAGACCUCCGGAGCAUACAGAUGCAGCUGGGUCCGAGGAAGAAAAUCCUCCACGCGGCGGACAGAAGGAAGCAAGCAUUGGCAAAGCCGGGCAAGGCGGAAGACACCAAUCUGUAA